CGUCAUGACGUCAUGACACCGGAAAAGAAACAGUAUGGCAAAACUGAUUUUCUUUGUUUUAUUUCUGGUUUACGGACUGCCAAACAUCUUUGCAAGGCGCUUUUCCCGAGAAGACUUUUAUAAUGGAUUGCCAGGAAACAGUCCGCUUGAAAAUUUUCAACGACAAACCCGCAAAGCCAAUGUUAUAUCUUCGGCAGGUCCAAAGAAGCCAACGACAAGUAAAGAUGGGAGUAUUAAAUCGCAAGUUUUACAGCUGCUCAACUCUAAGGCGAAUGGAAAAUCAGAGAUAAAAGCAAUCGAACCUAUAGAGUUCAAGAAACCAAAGAAAUCUAAAACCAAGAAAGGAAACACAAAAACUACACUUCCGACUGUGAAGGGCACGGAGGUAAAAACUAAGAAGGAUGGGACAGGCAAAAGCAAGAAAAAUAAAGCACUGAAAUCUAUGCAAAAGGAGAUUAAAAAGCUACAAAAAAAGUUAACUCCGAAAUCCAAAUCAACCUCUGUCACUCAAAAGGCAACCCAAACUAAAGUAGAAAAAGCAAAGGAUCCAAAGUCAAAUUCAACCAAGAUAAAGAAGAAAGAAGUGAAGAAUUCGAAGAAAAUUAUAAACAAACCUAAAAACGGAAAACUUAAGCCAAGCAAAAAUAAAUUGGCUAAAGCUAAGUCAAAGACGACCAAGAAAGAUGGUAAAAAGAAGUCAAAUAAGAAUAAGGCGACUAAAGCUAAGUCAAAGAACAGGAACAAAGUACUUAAAACUAAGACAAAGCAGAUAAAGGAAGUCACUAAAAAUAAGUCAGGGAAUAAGGAGGUUAAAACAAAGGUUGUAAAAAAAGUACUCAAAAAUGUGUCAAAGAAAAAGAAAAAGGCUGACACUAAGUCAAAGAAGAUUAACAAAGUAAUCAAAAAUGACCCAAAGAAAAAGAAAGUGGAUAUAAAGAUAAACCUCAAAACUGAAUCUAAGAAACUCAAAGUUAAACCUAUAAGCAUAAAAUUAAAACAACCAACAACAAAGAAGCUCAUUGCUAAGCUGAAAAAAGUUAAAAAGAUUGCAACAAAAAAACUUCUUAAUCAGCUUAAGAAAGUGAAAGUAGCUGCAACCAGUAAACUCAAUUUGAAGCUUCAGAAAAUAAAAAAGACACAAUCUAAGAAACUAAAAGAUGAGCCUAAGAAGAUACAAAAGGCUGAAACAAAGAAGCUUAAUACUGUGAUUAAAAAUAUGAAAAAAGUUGAAAAAGGGAAAUUAACUGACAAGCUUAAGAAAAUAAAACAGGAUGAAACAAGCAAACUCAAUGUUAAGCUCGAAAAAAUAAAACAACUUAAAACAAAGGAACUCAAAGCUGAUCGUCAGAAGAUCAAAAAGACUGAAGCAAAGAAUAUCAAAAAUGUGCUGAAGCAAGUGAAAAAAGCUGAAGUAAAGAAACUCAAUACCAAGCUUAAAAGCAUAAAACAGGCUAAAACAGAGAAUCUUAAGGUAAAAAUUGAGAAGAUCAAAGAAGCUGAAACAUCAAAAAUCAAAACUAAACCUAAGGAAAAACAACAGGCUAAAAUAAAAAAACUCAACACUAAGUUGGCGAAAAUAAAGCGGGUUGGGACAAAGAAAAUAAAUGCAGCACUUAAACAAAUCAAACAGGUGAAAACAAAUAAAAUCAGUGCAAAGAUAGAGAAAAUAAAACAGGCUAAAAAAGAGAAACUCAAAGCUAUACCUAAGAAGAUAGAGAAGACUCAAUCAAAGCUUAUCAAAGCCAAGCUAAAGGAAAUAAAACAGGAAGAAAUAAAGAAACUCGAUACCAAACUUAAGAAAAUAAAACAAGUCAAAACACAGUCUCUCAAUGCCAAGCUUGAUAAGAUCAAACAGUCGGAAAAAACCAAUAUCAAGACAGAGCCAAAAGACAAACAACAAACUAAAAUAAAGAAACUUAAUACAAAGAUUAAGGAAAUAAAACAGGUGGAAAAAAAGAAAAUAGGUGUUAAGCUUAAUGAAAUAAAACAAGCCCAAAAACAUGAACUCAAUGCAAAGCUUAAGAAAAUAAAGAUGGCUGCAAAGAAUCUCGACACUAAGCUUAAGAAAACAAAACAAGUUGAAACAAAGAAACUAACUGCUAAGCUUAAAGACGUAAAAAAGAAUAAAAUGAAAGACCUCAAGGAAAAACUUAAGAAGGUAGUACAGGUCGGAACCAAAAAAAUCAAAGCAAAACCUAAGAAAGUACAGACAGUUAAAAGAAAAGAGCUCAAGGCUAAAGUUGAGAAAUUAAAACGAGUUGAAACAAAGAAAGUCAAGGAUAAGAUUAUAAAGAUGAAGAAAGUUGAAACAAAGAAAAUCAAAGCUAAGCUAGCGAACAUAAAACAGGUUGGAACAAAGAAAAUCGUGAAGAAGCUGAAGAAAAUGAAAAGUAAACCAACUGUUAUUAGUACAGCUGCUACGGGAAAAAAGCAAGUCAAAUUAAUUAAGAAAAUAAAACAGGCUAAAAAGAAUCUCAAAACUGAGAUCAAGAAAGAAAAACAGGUUGAAACAAAGAAACUAAAUGCUAAGCUUAAAAUCAUAAAACAGGAUAACAUGGAAAAAGUCGAUAAAAAACUUGAGAAGGUAAAACAGGUCGAAUUAAAAAAAAUCGAAGCAAAACCUAAGAAAGUGCAGGAAGAUAAAAAAAAAGAACUUAAGGCUAAACUAAAGAAAUUGAAGCAAGUUGAAACAAAGAAAGUCAAAGAUAAGAUUAUAAAGAUGAAGAAAGUUGCAACAAAGAAAAUCAAGGCUAAUAUAGAUAAACUAAAACAGGUUGAAACAAAGAAAAUAAAGAAAAUGGUGAAGAAAACGAAAAGUAACCCUAUUGUUAUUAGUACAGCUAUUACAGGAGGAAAGAUAAAGUCUUUGAUGUCUCAACCAACUAAAUCAGUGAAACUUAAUACUAAAGCAAAGAAUCUAAAAUCAGACAUACAGGCAAUACUUAAAGAAAAAACAAAGACACCAAUUAAACCAAAGAUUAAACCAAAGACAUCAAAACUCAUUAAAAAAAUGAAACUGUCAACAAAAAUAGAGAAAAUCAAACAACCAGAAUCAGAGAAAAUCAAAGAAGAGCUAAGUAAAUUGAAACAAGAAGUUAAAACAAAGAAGCUCAAAGCUAAGCUUAAUCAAAUAAAAGAAGUUAAAGCAAAAAAAAUCGAAACCAAACUUGAGAAGAUGAAACAGAUUAAAACUAAAAAACUCAAGACUGACCUUAAAAAGAUGAAACAGAAAGAAACAAAAUUACUCAAAGCUAAGAUUAAAGAGUUGGGACAGACAAAAACAAUGAAACUCAAAGCUAAGAUUAAGAAGAUGGGACAGGCAAAAACAAAGAAACUCAAAACAAAGCUUAGGAAGUUGGAAAAGGAAAAAAUGAAGAAACUCAAAGUUGCGGUGAAGAAAUUAGAGAAGGCUACCGAAAAGAAACUCAAAGUGGCGGCGAAGAAAAUAAAAAAGGCCAACAAAAAGGCACUCAAAGCCGAACUAAAGAGAAAGCAAGCUACUGAACAAACGAAAAAUGAGACCAACGUUCAGCAAAAGAAAGCAUUAAAUAAGAUGAUGAAAAUGAUUAAAACGUUGAAAGUUAAGCAAAAACAAAUUGACUUAAAACCAGUAGCUGUCAAGUCUAAAACGAGCCUUAAAGAUAAAUCUAAAAUGAAGAAGAAACCUUCAAAAAAAGGAGUGGUUCAUAUUGUGACGAAACUAGUCAAAGGUAAAGCUUUAAAUAAAGAAGCUGUAGAAGGAAUACUUGAACCAGAAAAGACUAACGGAAGUAUUUCAAUAAAAGUUGGAAAUAAAACGAAAAAACCUAAAGAGAAAGCAGUGGAAAAAUUGUUGAAGAAACUCGUAAAAGGAGAAGUCCUGAAGCAGAAUGUUUUUGCAAAAAAGAUAAAGCCUAGUAAGAAAAAACAAAUAACGAAAGCAAUAAUAAAGAAAGUGAAAAAACUUGUUAACGUGAAAAAACUUGUUAAAGGGAAAGCACUGAAUAAUAAAACAACUGCAGACAUACUUAAAUCUAUCAAAAAGAAGACACCUUUACGUAAAGCAAUUAUGAAGAAUGUGAAAAAAAUUGUUAAAGGCAAAGCACUGAAACAAAAGAAACUUUCAAGAAAACUUGACUCUAAAAAGAAGUCACCUUUACAUAAAGCAAUUAUGAAGGAUGUGAAAAAAAUUGUUAAAGGAAAAGCACUGAAACAAAAGAAACUUGCAGGAAUACUUGACACUAAAAAGAAGAAACCUUUACAAAAAGAAAUUAUGAAGGAUGUGAAAAAAAUGGUUAAAGGAAAAGCACUGAAACAAAAUAAACUUGCAGGACUACUUGGUUCAAAGAAGAAGAAACCUUUACAAAAAGCAAUUAUGAAGGAUGUGAAAAAAAUGGUUAAAGGAAAAGCACUGAAACAAAAGAAACUUGCAGGAAUACUUGGCUCAAAAAAGAAGAAACCUUUACAUAUAGCAAUUAUGAAGGAUUUGAAAAAAAUUGUUAAAGGAAAAGCACUGAAAAAAAACAAACUCGCAGGAAAACUUGGCUCAAAAAAGAAGAGACCUAUACAUAAAACAAUUAUGAAGGAUGUGAAAAAAAUUGUUAAAGGAAAAGCACUGAAAAAAAAGAAACUUGCAAGAAUACUUGGCUCAAAAAAGAAGGGACCAUUACAUAAAACAAUUAUGAAGGAUGUGAAAAAAAUUGUUAAAGGAACAGCAUUGAAACAAAAGAAACUUGCAGAUUUACUUGGCUCUAAAAAGAAGAAAACUAUGCAGAAAGCGGCAAUGAAAGCCGUAAAGACACUUGUCAAGGGAAACGGAACAAAACCAGGAGUAAAAAGCGUAAAUAAAAACAAUACACUUAAUAUUCUAGGAACACCUAAUCCAACGAAACCUGCCGAAAUAGGUGUCAAAAAUACUUCAAAAAACACCACGGAAAAGGCCAUUAUAAAGAAAGGGAAUGCAUCUAUACUGGAAAAGGGAAUUCAAGUAAAGAAAGAAGCUAAUAUAAUCAAAGCUAAAAUUGAAAAGAUGUUAUAUAGGGUGAAUACGAAGAAAAAAGGGGCUUCACCAAAAUUAGCUAAAAAAAUAGAAAAAAUGGCUGACACAAUAAAGAAUCAGGUCGACGAUAUAGUUACACAAAAAAAUAAGGAGAAUGAGGUCUCGAUGGACGGUCUGUAUGGAGCAAACUCUCCUAUGUACUCAAGUCUGAUGCAUCUUGAAGUUGACCUUUUAAAACUUUUAGACUACAUGGAGCAUUCAAAGGUGAAAAUGGGUGACGCGUUUGAGUCAAAAGCAUUGAAAAAAGAAUUGAAAAGUGCAAACAAAGGAAACGAUGUGAACGUGUUCAAUAAACAACUUGGCUCAGUGAUGAAAAAGAUGAAAGGAAUUGAUAAAAAGAUAUCGGAGGAACACAACAAAAUUGUUGGAUAUUAAAUUAAUCUUUUCGUUGAUAUCAUUUAAAUAUAUAUGGUUUCAUUUAGUAUUGUUUUGUUAGGAUAAAAAAUUAUUUAUUUUCUCUUUUCCCUUUAUUCUAAAAUAAAUUUGACGGAAACUAAAAUACAAAUUGAUAUGCUUGAUGUGUACUUAGUAUAUGAUGAAGGAAACUAGCUAAAAAGAUAUAAAUAUAUAUCAGUUUCAAUUUGUGUACUGAAUUAAAUUAUGUCUCCUCUUCGACGGAGGGCGACACUAUUUUAUA